UACUACUAAUGUAAUAUAAAAAAUUUAAGAAUAAUAAUGAAUCUGAGAGACAAGGAAAGGAACUGGAGCUAACAGUAAAAACCCUAAUUAUCUCAAUCUCGAUCGCAACCUGAGACUUGUCUAGCAAUGGCUGAUUCUCGUCACGAAGAAAGAGAUUCACGGUCUCCUUCACCACGGAAACAACGGUCCCUUUCCAGGUCCAGGUCCAGGUCUAGGUCUAGAUCCGUGCCGAGGGCUAGGUCUAGGUCUAGGUCUAGAUCUUUGCCAAGGCCUAUAUCUCCAUCAAGAAACCGUGGAAGGAGGUCUGAAGUUGAAAACCCUGGUACCACUCUAUAUGUGACUGGCCUAUCCACAAGAGUCACUGACAAGGAUCUUGAAUCACAUUUCUCCAAGGAAGGCAAGGUAGCGUCUUGCUUUCUUGUAAUGGAGCCGCGCACUCGUGAGUCUCGUGGUUUUGCCUUUGUUACUAUGGAUACCGUCAAAGACGCUGACCGUUGCAUCAAGUAUCUCAACCAGUCUGUUCUAGAAGGCCGUUACAUCACUGUCGAAAGGUCCCGAAGAAAGCGCCCCCGAACUCCCACCCCUGGCCACUAUCUUGGCCUGAAAAGCUCCAGAGACAAUGACCGAGAUGGCCGUAGCAGUCGAGGGAGGCACAGUGAUCGUGAUAGUUACGGACACCGUAGGUCACCAAGACGCGACUAUUCACCUCGUGGUGGUGGAAGGAGGUCACCACCAAGACGUGAGUAUUCGCCUCGUGGUGGUGGAAGAAGUUCUAGAAGAGAUAGGUCUUACUCUCCUUAUGGAAGAAGCCCAGAGAGAAGGUCCGAGAGAAGGUAUUAACCCCGUCCGUGGUGGCUCGAGAUGACCUGUGUGUGUAGCUCUCUCUCUUAACAAAGUAAUCCAAAAAACUUCGUUGUUGGUUUAGGUUGUGUGAUUGUUCAUCAUCUUUGAAUUAUUACAGAGAUUCUAUUGUGUGACAAGUAUGGUUUUAUGUGCCUUUUCUCUUUAUGUAUGGCUGCAGAACACAGUGAGUGAAACUUACAAUGUAAUAUUUUUUCUAGGCUACU